CGCCCAGUGAAGGCGGGGCACGUUUUCAACGGAGGAAGGUGGAGAUAGCGGGAGUGUUCGCGAGUGGCGGGGGACCUAACAGAGCUCGGCCGGGUGCUGGGUAAGGCGUACAGUUGGCCUCUCCCGUGUUCUUCUGUCACACUCGGGAUCUGUAAGCAUUUACAAUGGAUGACAAGCGACUCUGGGAACAUAUUGGGUGCAGCUUUGUUCAACAUUAUUACCGCCUGUUUGACAGUGAUAGGACACAAUUAAAAUCUAUAUAUACUGAUGCAUCAUGUCUGACUUGGGAAGGACAGCAAUAUCAAGGGAAGGAAGCAAUUAUUGAAAAAUUAUCAAUGCUUCCCUUUCAGAAGAUACAGCAUAGCAUCACAUCACAAGACCAUCAGCCAACACCUGACAACUGUAUAAUUAGUAUGGUUGUAGGUCAGCUUAAGGAGUCUUUCCGCACAGCCCUUGAGAGAUGGAGCUCCUCCCUGGACAGGAAUCACAUCACCUGGAAACCAAGUUACCGGCAGAUGAUGACCCCGUUAUUGGAUUUCAUCAGAUGUUUUUAUUAAAGAAUGUUCAAGAUGUCUGGGUCUGUA